GCGCUUGGGAGUUGGGAGCCGCCAGGCCCGGGCCCACCCGUCGGCCAACGCUAUUCUUCUAUUUAAGCAGGCGCGAGGGGGGUUGCAGAGGGGUAGGUGGUCGCUCUCGCAUCGCCCUUGCUCUAGACCCACGCAGAUCUCAUCCAAGGCAGGCGCAGGUACAAGAUGGCUCUCACCAGAAUUGGUCUUGCCGGCCUCGCCGUCAUGGGCCAGAACCUUGCCCUCAACAUUGCAGAGAAAGGGUUCCCCAUCUCUGUCUACAACAGGACCACCUCCAAGGUCGAUGAGACUGUUCAGCGCGCCAAGCUAGAAGGAAACCUUCCUCUCUACGGUUUCCAUGACCCUGCAUCCUUCGUCAACUCCAUUCAGAAACCACGUGUCGUCAUCAUGCUUGUCAAGGCCGGUGCUCCUGUUGACCAGACCAUCGCAACGCUCGCAGCACACCUGGAGCAGGGCGACUGCAUCGUUGAUGGAGGAAACGAGUGGUACGAGAACACGGAAAGGAGGGAGAAGGCGAUGGAGGAGCGUGGACUCCUCUACCUCGGGAUGGGUGUUUCCGGAGGAGAGGAGGGUGCCCGCCAUGGCCCCUCCAUGAUGCCUGGAGGCUCAUUGGAGGCAUACCAGUACAUUGAAGACAUUCUUCUCAAGGUGUCUGCUCAGGUCCCUGACAGCGGCCCGUGCGUCACAUACAUUGGGAAGGGUGGAUCCGGAAACUUUGUCAAGAUGGUUCACAAUGGCAUUGAGUACGGUGACAUGCAACUCAUUGCUGAGGCGUACGACGUUCUCAAGUCGGUUGGGAAGCUCACAAACGGUGAGCUGCAGCAGGUUUUCGCGGAGUGGAACAAGGGUGAACUCCUCAGUUUCUUGGUUGAGAUCACUGCUGAUAUCUUCAGCAUCAAGGAUGACCAGGGUGAGGGCUACUUGGUCGACAAGGUCCUGGACAAGACCGGGAUGAAGGGAACCGGGAAGUGGACAGUGCAGCAAGCUGCUGAGCUCUCUGUGGCUGCUCCUACCAUUGAGGCGUCCUUGGAUUCCAGGUUCCUCAGCGGGCUGAAGGAUGAGCGUGUCGCGGCUUCCAAGAUCUUCCAGGGUGACUACUCCAGUGGUGAAACUGUCGACAAGGCACAGCUGAUCGAGGAUGUGAGGAAGGCCCUCUACGCCUCCAAGAUCUGCAGCUACGCCCAAGGCAUGAACAUCAUCAAGGCCAAGAGCACGGAGAAGGGAUGGGGCCUCAAUCUCGGCGAGCUGGCCAGGAUCUGGAAGGGCGGGUGCAUCAUCCGCGCCAGCUUCCUGGACCGCAUCAAGAAGGCGUAUGACAGGAACGGUGAGCUCGCCAACCUUCUCAUCGACCCCGAGUUCGCGCAGGAGAUCAUGGACAGGCAAGCUGCAUGGAGGAGGGUUGUCUGCCUCGCCAUCAACAACGGCGUCAGCACCCCUGGCAUGUCCGCGAGUCUGGCCUACUUCGACUCCUACCGGAGGGACAGGCUCCCUGCCAACCUCGUCCAGGCCCAGAGGGACUACUUCGGGGCGCACACCUACGAGAGGGUUGACAUGCCCGGCUCCUUCCACACCGAGUGGUACAAGAUUGCCAACUCAAAGAUCUAAGAUGCUGCUGCUGCUCUACCAAGAGACGGUCCAUCAGGUUUCGUCUUUCCGGUAUCCUUUGUUGCUGCCAGUCAUGAGUCCUUUUCCUGUAGGGGAGGAACCGCCGUUUAAUUUUUAUUAUUUGAGUAACGAGUCCUGUAUUUAUUUUCUACAAGGAGAUCACAUAUUCUCUCCAGUCUCCGCUACUUCCAUGUGAUUGAUCAACCCUGGAGGGAAGACAUUGCCAUUCUGAAUUAGUUUGAAUAAAAUGUGUUUUUACCUACC